AUGCCCGUAGUUACUCUGUACUUGGCCCGCCACGGGCAGACCGCUGCCAAUGCCGCUGGCGUGCUUCAGGGCAGUAGUCUUAACGGAGAGCUCAACGAACGAGGCUUGCGGCAAGCCGAGGCACUGGCGCAGGGGCUGAAAGACACACCCAUCGACAGAAUAUACGCUUCGGAGCUGCGCCGUGCAAUCCAGACCGCCGAAAAAUGCCAAGUACUCCAUCCCACGGCACCUCUGACCAAGGAUGCGCGUCUGAACGAGAUAUCCUGGGGGAUUAUCGACGGCACCGACUUCAAAAAGGCCAAGCCGAUAAUGACCCCUGUCACUGAGCAAUGGAAGGCAGGGGAUUUCGAUGCCCGAAUUGAGAAUGGCGAGUCCGCCCACGAGUUCCAGCAGCGCAUUCUGUCGGCUACUGUUGGCAUCCUGAAUGACUGUAUUGACAACGGAGAUAGCAGAGUGCUAGUGUGCGCGCAUGGCCGGUGGAUCCGGGUCUUUGUGGCCACAGUGAUUAUGCGCGACCUCAGUGCCAUGCAUGAGCUCCCGCCACAUACAAACUGCUCGUACCAUGAGGUCCGCGUAAAUCUCGAUGGAAGAGCCAGCGACCUGGACAACCUAGUGUUUGAGCCGGUCCGGAUGAACGUGCAUGAUCAUCUGGUAGGCUUGAGGGCAGACUGUUAG